CUCUCCCGGUGGCGACAGUUGAAUGUGAGGCGCGCGAUUUCCGGUUACAUUUUGCACCGUUUCCUCUAGGAACACAAGCAUGGCGGAUCCCAGAACUCGACAGAUAAAAAUCAAAACCGGGGUGGUGAAGCGAAAAUGCUGAAGAUACACAACUGUUCAGGCAGUACCUGAAAGAAGAAGAAACAGUUUAUGACAUUUGAAUUGUGUAACCCAGGAUUUUCCAACAUACAGCUAGAGUCUGGUCUGCCAAGGGUUUAUAUCUGGCUUGCAGACCAGAGUUCAAAAUACAGACUGGCAAAGGAAAAGCUUAUGUAUGAAAAAGAGGCCAAACAACAAGAAGAAAAAGUUGAAAAAAUGAAAGUUGAUGGGAAUGAUCAAUAUAUGGUUAAAAAGCAGAUGGAGGUUCUGCAAGAAUCACGGAUGAUGAUCCCAGAUUGUCAGCGUCGAUUGGCAACUGCCCACAGUGACCUUGCACAACUAUUGGAAAGCGAGAAAGAAUUGGAAGACACUGAGGAAUACAAGGAAGCCCAGGCCACAAUAGGAUCAAUCAAACUAGAAGCCUAGAACCUAUUUCUUAAUUAUAAUGUUUUGUUAUAAAUACUUGCACUGUGUCCAUUCCAUUUCCCUCCCAGUUUCAGUUUUAGGCAUUAUGACCCUGCUAUUAUUAUGCUUGGGAUCUAUCUAUGAACCCUGUGUAAUCUGAGUUCUCUUACAUUGCACAGCAGAUUGUGUACCCAAAUGAAUUUUGUGCCACAUCAUGGUGAAAUAAUGAAACAUUAAAUAAAUGUACCUGCUGACAA